AAAGCCUUUAAAGCAAAAAUAAUAUCGGAACCGCAUAAAAGGACCCCGGGGGAUACAAAUGUUUUAGCCUUUAAAAAGCCGGUUAUUUGCUUUAAAUGCGGGCAAUUAAACCAUAUCGUUGCAAUAUGCAAAAUACGGACGGAUAACCCAAAAACCCCGUUGGCCCCAGCAACCAUACAAAGGGCGAAGGGGAAAAGGCCCGAAGUACGGUGUUACGGGUGUAAAAAAUUAAGCUAUAUCCGGCCGGCGUGCCCUAAAAAGAGCAAAAUAUCGCUACCCAAUUCAAUACCGCUAUUUGGCCGUUUAGGCACCGGGGCUUAA